AUUUUUUUCUCCCAGACCCAGUUAUCGAGAAGCUUCUCUCGAAUAUGUUUUCUGACGCCGGCGGAGGCGCAAAUCGUCGGCGUCGGGACUUAGCUCUUCCGAUCAAUUUGCUUUGGUUACUUCUUAUGCUUUUGUUUACAACUUCUGUCCGCUACUCGAAAACUCUGUUUCAACCCUCUCGAAUCAUUUCUCCUUCACCGGUUUUCAACGGCGGCCAAAAAACCAGCUACGGAGGAAGACGAUGUGGUCCGGCGUUUGCCCUCCUGUUCCACCCUCUUCUCGCAAAUUCUUCGCCAAAAUCUUUCUUUUCCAGCGAUGCAAUCCCUCAAUCAGAAGCUUUUAUCAUCUCUCCGCCUUUUAUUUACAGAUCUAGAUCUGUUUCAACCACCCCAAGAGAAUACUCACACCGGAAUUCGUUGAUGGCAAGAGAUGUCUCUUGGACCGUCAGAUGCGCCAUCUCCGGUGGAGUCGUCGUCGGCGCACGACGUUUUCUUCUUAUGGGUGAUGGUUCCAUGGCUCUCCGACAAGCUUCCAAAGCAGCUGCACGCUUCACCGACGAGGGAGACAACAAAAGCCAAAACCCUAAUUGCAAAUGUGGGCUCCUCUUUGAAGAUGGGCCUCUCUUUUCAUGGCCCAAUAAGAUAUCUACUUCGGCCCAAUUCUGAUUUUUUGGGUCAAACCUAAUUAACUUUUGGCCCAGGUCCGUUUUCUUUAUUCUUUUGGCAAACCCUAUUUUAUUUAAGUCUUCUAACUUUGCUGAGAAGAAUGGUCGUGGACUCCAUUCUUGCAUUGUUAUGACAUUGAUAGAUAGGGUUGUUCAAAUUCAUCUAAUAAUCCUGGUGGAAGAUAUCUUUAAUGUUGUCAAUCGUGGUAAUCCAUCUAAGAAACCUGUGAUACAACCUUCCUCUUUAAUAGAGAGAACCUUUGCUUGGUCUCCGACCACUUUGUUGCAAAAUCAUCUAUGGACCUUAACCAUCUUUUUAGAAGCCGUGUGUACCAAUCCGAGAAUAUCUAUGGUUAAGGCUUUCCUUUCAACGUCACUAUGCCUUUAUUGGAACGUGACCAAUCAUCAAUCUCCCAAAAUCUUCGUGGAAUUGUCUUCGACUCACCAAUCUCUCGCUUGUGGCAAGCUACGAUCAAGUUCUUGUCUCCGAUAUUUGGAUCUUCCGUCGAAUUAUCGUAUGUUCUAAAUAACAAGUAUUAGUCACUUAUGGUGGGUCACUAAUUUGCCAAGUAAGUUGUGAAACCAUUGACGGUCACCUAUUUGCGUCAAGUUAAUAGCGGUAAUUUUGUAAUUGUCUCUUAUCUAUUGCAAGUUUGUGUUUGCAACAAUUUCGGUCGUUGCUUUAACCUUGUUUUAUUAUUGGUUCUAGCUUCUAUGUUAGACUCGGAGAGUAUUCUUGUCCAUCUCAGUACAAGUAACCUAUGGUUAAUAGAUAACUAAUUUAUGUUUAGACAGUUGAUAUAUAAAUAGCUUUUAAAAGAUAAAAUUUG